GGGGGAAUAGAAGUCUGUUUCCACGCUUUGUCGUGUUAUGUCAUGGGCAAGAUAAUACAUUGUAAGAGAAUCCACAGCUGUGGACUGAUGUGUGGACUGAUUGAAGGGCAGCCGCUUUGUCUGGCUUGAAAUUUGUGGCCCACAAUAUUUCGAUAUAUAAUGAGCUUCAGGAAACCUGGCUGCAACAUACUUACCACCCAUUCCCUUCUACAAUGUCACCAUCGAUCGAGCAGCUCUUUCAGAAUCUUCGGAUUUCUGGGAUGCUUACAUCGGACUCCUCCGAGUCUAGCAAGUCGCGUUUGAUGGACAUUCAAUGUCCACCUAGACAACGCUAUGAUCAACACUAUGGUUAUCGUGUCAACCGAAGAUUCAUCAUGCUCUCCCAAGAGAGUAAAAUCAAAACCGGUCCCGGCCUUUUUAAUGACCCCAUGUCGUUAGCUUGCCAGUGGAUCCAGCAACAGUUGCAACUCCCUCAAUUGUCCUUGAAAUAUUGCAUCGAGCCGGAGGAUGAGAAUGAUGAAUCUGUCAUUAUGGUCCUCUCUGUUUGCUCGGACGAACCCGCCAGCUUCAAUGUACGACCGACCCAAGAGCAAAUCACGUUGUUGACGGAUUUGCUCGGCAGCCCCCCUCAGUGGUGGGUUAGUUAUAUGAACAUGUAAAUCCGCACUACCCCGAUACCAAAUCAUUCGCUCUAUAUCAUGUCAUAUACAUAUAUCUCCCAUCUCGAGACUGCAUACUAUGUUUAUCAAUUAACGUCCAAUAGGAAUGUAGAACUACUCAUCUGCCUAGCAUUGUACACUAGUUCGCGACGAGUUGGAGGGGCUCGGAUUCCAUCACCAUGAUAUAUAUAUGCGAACUCUUAC